ACUGUGUUGUGGUACAUUUUAAAGUACACACUUGGUGGAAACCCGCUUUAAGGUUUAUUUAUCGAAGAUAAAGGAUUUCUAGCCGUGGUUUUCUUAAUUCAUAUUAUACACGUUCGUCAAAUGCUUGGAUAUUAGGGUAUUUGUGGUUCGUCAUACGCCGUCUAGUGAUGAGCAGCGAAUACACAAAUCUGUCAUCGUCGCCUUAAUUUGACAGUUUUGGGAAGUUUUGAUCGUGUUUGAAAAAUGACAAAAUGGUUGCUUUUAGUUGUCACGUGCACGUGUCUUCUAUUUGGAGAUGUCGCAUCAGAAGAAAUCCAUCAAGUAUAUGACUUUGAGAUUGACAGUGAAGGCCAUGCAAUGGAGGGGUACUUAUUUCCAGAUCUUCACUCAGGGGACAAAGUGCAAGUGAACUUAGCUGAGGGCGAAUCUCUCACGGAGAAUGCCAGGGAUGUGAAAUACAUCCGCCUGAAAAUUCUCAAGUCAAAAAAUAAUUCGAGUGCUCCCCCUUUCCGUGUGUUCGACUCGGAAUACUUCUCAGUCGACAGAAACAACUAUAUUGUGGUGGACACUAAUCACACUGACGAGCUACAAGAGAAAAGGGAGCUUAGGUUUUAUGUUGUACUUAUUAACGAACAUGGCCAGGCUGUCUCAAAUCCUCUUCCAUUUAUUGUCCGUAUUGAAAAUAAAACUGAAGAAUCAGUGGACUACCCCAUGCAUUCUGCCAUUUUUGCAGGGGUUUUAGUUUUGAUUAUAGUUCUGCUAGCGCUGGGAAUUCCAUUUGUGGUAAGGGCAAAGAGGAGAUACAAGCAAGGAAAACCAGUAAUGAAACUAGGUAGUCAUCCGGGUUCUAGUCCGGAUUUAAAGACCAUGAUGGUUUCCGAAUCGGUGGAGGAUAUUCCCGGAAUGAAGCACCAACAAAGUGAACCAAACUGGUAUGGGGAAAAGAGUAUUUUCUCCUAUGAGGACGAGGUGAAAACAGAGAAAGCUACCUUCACCAAAGAAAUCAAACAGCUAGAGAGGAAAAUUUCACAGGGACUUAGUAGUAAUAGUGCUGCACUAGACGAUGACGACGGAUUGGUGAAAUAUACAAAGACUCCUCAAAAGGGUAUUCUUAAGCAUAACGACUCUAAUCAUAGUGACAAUGAAAAAGUGUCCGUCUCUGCUGAUGUGCAUGGGAAGCCCUAUAGUGAAGAACAAUCAAAACUAUAGUAUUGCAUUUCACCAAAGAUGUUUUUUCUUCAAAUAUAUAGUUUUUAUAGUGAAUUAUUUGUUAUACAUGUACAUCUAUAUAAGCAAAGCUUGAUUAAUUUACUGUAUAUUAUAGUAAUCA